AGCAUCAAAGCCAAACAUUCAAACAACCCAAAGAAUACCCAAGGAGUAGAAACAAUACCAAGAUGCGUCUUACACUUCUGGCGCUCGUUGGAGCUGUCUGCAUAGCCUUGAGCUUUGCCCAGCCGUUGGAUGACAAGAACGAGGAGCACAUUGAUCUGCUGCAGGUAGCUGAUCAAGGAAACGCCCACGCCAAUGAGGGCAAUCGAGAGGCGCGGCACUGGGGCGGCUGGGGAGGUGGCGGUUGGGGAGGCGGCGGUUGGGGAGGCGGCGGUUGGGGCCAUGGCUGGGGCGGCGGCGGUUGGGGAGGCGGCGGCUGGGGCCAUGGCUGGGGCGGCGGCUGGAAUCGCGGCUGGGGUGGCGGCGGCUGGGGCUGGGGACGUUAA